UUCUUUGGCUUUUUUCUUUUUUUUCUGUUUUACCUUUGACGAUACAACAAACUGUUUCUCAAUGAACCAGAUAAUAAAUAUAAUAUCAGUGCUGACAAUGACAGUCAUAUGGAGUCCUGUAUUAUUGGAAGCAGCACCAUUACCACGUACCGAACCUGGUGUUCUCUAUCUUCCAAACAAUGCUAUUGUCAUCGAGGACGGCUAUGAACUGUCCAUCCAAGGGGUACUAGGAGCCAUCCUUAUUCUGAUCUGCGCACUCCUUCUCUGGUUUCGAGGCCUGUACGACUUUCGACUGACACCUCUACUGGUUGGAUUCAUCACACUCGGAUUUGUUGCCUGGGUACUGCUGGCCAACUUUGAACCCGAAUCCACGUAUGGCCAGAACCGAUGGACCAUCUAUUUGAUUGUUCCCAUUGCGUGUGGCUUCGUGGGCGCAUUACUCAUGACAUGCGGCACAUUACACGCGUAUCUCAUCUUGUUGGGUGGAUUAGGCGGUCUUGCUGCUGGAUUGUGGGUCUUGGGAUGGCGUGACAAUCUCAGUAUCCAAUCUGAUUAUGGUCGAGCCAUUCUUUUGGUCAUUUUGGUGGUCGUGGGUUGUACGCUGGCGGCAUUGGAUCAGUUUUUUCAUAUGGUAGGAACGGCAUUGACGGGCGCAUACAUGUUGUUUUUGGGCUUGGAUGUGUUUUUCCAUACGGGUUUCACUUAUUGUUUCACGACGACUUUGGACUCGAAUCCUGCGCAUGGUAAUUGUGGCUCAAAUUUAUGCUGGUUUUUUUGUUCGUGUGGGAUCAGAAGAGGUCGAGUGAUGAUGUGGAACUGAGCCAUGAGAAAUAAGAAAGAGACUUAGUGUAUGGCGGGUGUGCCUUCUUUCUUUUUUACUACUAUCAGGG